AUGUACAUGGUUCUCUUUGCAGAGUUUUUGGCAAUAGCCUCGAACCAGAGCAGCGUGUCCAGCGCCUUCCCCAGCCCCGGAGAGCACGGCGGUGACACCAACCUGCUGGUGUCCCCUCUGCUGGUGGCAGGGGUGGUCAUCGGGCUGGUGCUCUUCCUGUCGUGUGCCACCAUCGUGGUGGGCAGCCUGCGCAAGGACAGCAGGCUCGGCCAGCCCCGGCUGCCCAGGGAGGCUGCGGACGCACCAGAUGGUUUCUCUCACGGCGGCUCCUCUGCAGAGCUGAGAUCCACCUGCACCGAGGAGUUUCCCCCAGCCUGUGAUUUUGACUCCUAUCUGGAUAUCCUUUCUCAGGUGAACAUCAUGUAUCCUGAUCCACCUCCAUGCUACGACGAAUGUGUGGGGCCAGGAGCAACACAAAUAUAUAUUCCCACAGAUGAUCCCCCUCCAUAUUCCCUUAUGGACCCUUGCCAAAGAAAUGAAAUACCUUUAAAUAUCUGUAUCAGGCAGGAAGAGGAAGCAGCACCUGGGACUGCAGGACGGGCUGCACGUUGUGCCGUGGGGCUGCAGGACUGGCAGCAGCCCAGCUCAGGAAUCUCGGUGAUCUCCAGGGCGGAGGCUGCUCCCCUACACGGGACAGUGGUGUGUGAGCUCAGCCUGCUCCAACAGAAACACGGGACAGCCUCCCACUGCCCAGCAGAGCCCACAUCGUGCCCAUGAAAGUGGCUCUUUCCUUUAGUUCUUCUGAAGAACUCAGACCAAUGGAAGAAUAAAACCUCUGGAUGUUUUACCAAUUUUAUAGCUUAAAACAGGGAUACAAUGGGAUUUUUUUACAGUGAAUUUUGCAAGUUUACCUAAAUUUCCCUGUUUGUGCUUCAAAGUGUUCCAUGGCAUCACAUAGCAUAAAAGAGCAGCAGAGACAAGCAGUGCAUCUGACCUUUUUGGAGCAUUGCAAAAACCAUUGAAAUCAGCCACUCAUCACGAAGAUAAAUGUUAUCCAGUCAAGCCUA